CCCAUAGAAAUGUUACAUUAAAGGUUCUCUGCAUUAAUGCAUUAUAAAUUUCUGUGUUGAUAUUAGUGACCACCAAAACCACUCCCAAUUUUUAGGAUUUUUAGCAGAUAAGGUGAGUUUAGUUUUUGAUUCACUUUGGUUAUUUCCUUUAUGACCAGUUUAUUUUCUUAAAAGGUGCUCACAGAAUGGUGAAGGAAUUAGUUUAUAAAGUGGUGAUAGCUACCAUAUCCAGCCCUCCCCUGUAUCAGCCUCACAAACACUGACCAGAGACACCAUUUGAGCAUUUCUUAUCAAGGUUACAGUUCAGGUGCUGACGACUGUCAUAUUUUUUUGUGUUAACAUAUGUUGGUCAUAUAAUGGGGGUGGAUAAGAGAAAAGAAAAUACAUUAGACCUGUUUUAGAAAAUGAAACACAUUUAAACACUUAAUUAGAAAUGUUAAAUGUAUAUUAAAUUAUUUUUCAUGAAAAUAACUAAUAUUACCAAAUACACUAUUUACUUUUUACAGCAACAAGCUUUAGAACUAGCUUUGGAUCGUGCAGAGUAUGUCAUUGAAAGUGCCCGACAGAGACCUCCUAAAAGGAAAUACCUGUCAAGUGGAAGAAAAUCUGUAUUUCAAAAGCUUUAUGACUUAUAUAUUGAAGAAUGUGAAAAAGAGCCUGAGGUUAAGCAGAAAUUAAGAAGAAAUGUGAACUUGUUAGAGAAGCUUGUUAUGCAAGAGAAUUUAUCAUGUUUAGUGGUCAAUCUAUACCCAGGAAAUGAGGGAUAUUCUCUGAUGCUCAGGGGAAAAAAUGGAUCAGAUUCUGAGACCAUUCGAUUGCCUUAUGAAGAAGGGGAAUUGCUUGAAUACUUGGAUGCAGAAGAAUUACCUCCUAUUUUGGUUGAUCUCCUAGAAAAAUCUCAGGUUAAUAUUUUUCAUUGCGGGUGUGUCAUAGCAGAAAUACGUGAUUAUAGGCAGUCCAGUAACAUGAAAUCUCCUGGUUACCAAAGUAGGCACAUUCUCUUACGUCCAACAAUGCAGACUUUAAUCUGUGAUGUACAUUCAAUAACAAGUGAUAAUCAUAAAUGGACCCAGGAAGACAAACUUGUGCUUGAGAGCCAGCUGAUCCUAGCUACAGCUGAACCACUAUGUCUUGAUCCUUCUAUAGCAGUAACUUGCACUGCAAACAGACUGCUCUAUAAUAAGCAAAAGAUGAACACUCGCCCAAUGAAAAGAUGUUUCAAGAGAUACUCCAGGUCAUCUCUGAAUCGGCAGCAGGAUCUGUCUCAGUGUCCUCCACCUCCUCAGCUGAGAUUACUUGAUUUCUUAGAAAAAAGAAAGGAAAGAAAAGCAGGUCAGCAUUAUGACCUCAAAAUUUCUAAAGCAGGAAAUUGUGUAGAUAUGUGGAAACGGAGUCCCUGUAAUUUGGCCAUGCCUUCUGAAGUGGACGUGGAGAAAUAUGCUAAAGUAGAAAAGUCUAUCAAAUCUGAUGACUCACAACCAACAGUCUGGCCAGCCCAUGAUGUAAAGGAUGAUUAUGUAUUUGAAAGUGAAGCUGGUAAUCAAUAUCAAAAAACAAAACUGACCAUCUUGCAGUCACUUGGUGAUCCCCUUUACUAUGGUAAAAUACAGCCAUGUAAGGCAGAUGAAGAAAGUGACAGCCAGAUGUCUCCAUCACCCUCCUCCACAGAUGAUCAUUCAAAUUGGUUUAUUAUUGGAUCAAAGACUGAUGCUGAGAGGGUAGUUAAUCAGUAUCAGGAAUUGGUCCAGAACGAAGCCAAAUGUCCAAUCAAGAUGUCACACAGCUCCAGUGGCUCAGCCAGUCUAAGUCAACUUUCUCCAGGGAAAGAAACAGAACAGCCUGAGACUGUGUCAGUUCAGUCUUCAGUACUGGGGAAAGGAGUAAAGCAUCGUCCUCCACCCAUCAAACUUCCCUCAAGCUCAGGAAAUAGUUCCUCAGGUAACUAUUUUACACCACAACAGGCAAGCAGCUUUCUUAAAUCUCCAACUCCUCCUCCUUCUUCCAAGCCACCGAGUCUUUCUCGGAAGUCAUCUGUGGAUCUCAGUCAAGGUAGCAUGCUUUCUCCAGCUACCCUGUCACCUGCCAGCUCAUCACAAAGAUCUGGAACUCCUAAGCCAUCUACUCCUACACCAACCCCUUCAUCGACCCCACACCCUCCUGAUGCUCAGAGCUCAACUCCUAGUACCCUUUCUGCCACCCCUACUCCCCAAGAUUCAGGCUUCACCCCUCAGCCCACUUUGUUAACUCAGUUUGCUCAGCAGCAAAGGUCUCUGAGCCAGGCAAUGCCUGUAACGACCAUUCCUCUUUCCACCAUGGUAACAUCUAUAACUACAGGAACUACGGCCACCCAGGUCAUGGCAAAUUCUACUGGACUUAACUUCAUCAAUGUAGUGGGCUCUGUUUGUGGGACCCAGGCUUUGAUGAGUGGUUCAAACCCCAUGUUGGGCUGUAACACUGGUGCCAUAACUCCUACAGGAAUAAACCUGAGUGGACUUCUGCCCUCAGGAGGUCUUCUACCAAAUGCAUUGCCUAGUGCGAUGCAGACAGCUUCACAAGCAGGUGUUCCAUUUGGUUUAAAAAAUACUUCAAGUCUCAGGCCCUUAAAUCUCCUCCAGCUUCCAGGUGGUUCACUCAUUUUUAACACCCUGCAGCAACAGCAGCAACAGCAGCUAUCUCAGUUCACGCCACAACAACCUCAGCAGCCUACAACUUCAAGUCUUCAGCCACCUGGGGAGCAGGGUUCUGAACAAGGUAAAACCACUCAAGAACAGGCCUUAUCUGCUCAGCAAGCUGCUGUUAUUAACCUUACUGGAGUAGGAAGUUUUGUGCAGUCACAGGCAGCUGUGUUGUCUCAGCUUGGCUCUGCCGAGAACAGACCUGAGCAAAGCCUUCCUCAGCAGAGAUUCCAGCUCUCCUCUGCCUUUCAACAGCAGCAGCAACAGAUACAACAGUUGCGAUUCUUACAGCACCAAAUGGCUAUGGCGGCAGCAGCAGCACAAACAGCGCAGCUACAACGUCAUCGGCAUACAGGCAGCCAGUCAAAAAGUAAAAUGAAGAGAGGCACGUCAACCACCCCAAAAUUCUGAGUCUUGCAUUAUUUUUUUUUUUAAACAUAAGAGCAUUGAAUCAAAAGAUUGAGUUUCUACUUCAUUUUUGUUUUUUAAUGUGUCAGUGUUUUACAUUGCUAGAUGUACAAACUUUAUACAGAAGCACAACCCUAUGAUUUUUAAAUAAAAACAGGGAAAUGGUUUAACAAA